ACUUCCCACAUUAGUGCAUUCCUCAUUAAAGGCUGCAGAUCCCUUAUCAAUUAUAUAAGAACUCUCAUUGUUUAUACGAACCUCACCAACCCCAUUUUCCCAACACAACCAACGCCAUGGAACUCCUUCGCCAAGCUCUUCAAUCCCUGCAAUCUUCACCCAUGUUGCUUAUUCUUCUUCUUCUCCUCGUCAUUUCCUUGAUUUUCCUGUUUAAUUCCCGCCGGAAACUCCCAUAUCCGCCAGGCCCAAAAGGGUGGCCCAUCAUCGGCAACAUGCUUAUGACGGACCAACUUACCCACCGUGGCUUGGCCCAUUUGGCCAAGCAAUAUGGCGGUCUCCUCCAUCUCCAGAUGGGGGCUAUACAUAUUAUUGCAGUAUCAACUCCUGAUACGGCCCGCGAAAUCCUCCAAGUCCAAGACAGCUCAUUCGCCAACCGGCCUGCCAACGUUGCCCUAUCUUACUUGACCUACGAUCGGGCGGACAUGGCCUUUGCCAACUACGGCCCGUUCUGGCGUCGCAUGCGCAAAAUUUGCGUCAUUAAUCUAUUUAGCCGAAAACGGGCUGAAUCAUGGGCUUCGGUGCGCGAGGAAGUCAAUGAGAUGGUCCAAACCGUGGCGGGAAAAACCGGCUCCCCGGUGAAUAUCGGGCAGUUGGUUUUCGCUCUAACGAGGAACAUAACAUAUCGGGCGGCUUUUGGGUCAAGAUCACAUGAAGGGCAAGGCGAAUUUGUGAAGAUUUUGCAAGAAUUUUCAAAGCUUUUUGGAGCUUUUAACAUGCAGGAUUUUCUGCCAUGGUUGGGUUGGGUUCAUGCACAGGGUUUUCAGGACAGAAUGGCUAGGGCACGUAAAUCACUAGAUGUUUUCAUCGACAAGAUCAUCGACGACCACAUGGCUAAGAGGAAAGCAAACAUGGAGAAUAAGGAUGACAGUGAGGCUGCUGAUACAGAUAUGGUGGACGAAUUGAUAGCUUACUUUAGUGAUGAUGCUGGAAAGGAAGGUGACGACCCCAAUUCUGGCUGCAAGCUCACCAGAGACAAUAUCAAAGCACUUAUUAUGGAUGUGAUGUUUGGUGGAACAGAAACGGUUGCAUCAGUGAUCGAAUGGACAAUGGCAGAGCUGAUGAAGAGCCCAGAAGAUCUCAAAAGAGUACAACAAGAGCUCACUGAUGUUGUUGGAUUGAACCGUAGGCUCCAGGAAACCGACCUCGAAAACCUAACCUACCUCAAAUGCGCAGUCAAAGAAUCCCUCCGUCUCCACCCGCCAAUCCCUCUCCUCCUACACGAGACCGUGGAAGACACCUCUGUGGCUGGCUACUCGUUCCCAGCCGGGUCACGGGUUUGGAUCAAUGCAUGGGCUAUUGCUCGUGACCCGACUGCAUGGGACGAGCCAGAAACAUUCAAACCCUCGAGGUUUCUGGACGAUGUCUCGCCUGAUUUCAAAGGGAGUAACUUCGAGUUUAUUCCUUUUGGGUCUGGUCGGAGGUCGUGCCCGGGAAUGGCGUUGGGGCUGUAUGGGUUGGAGAUGGCUGUGGCUCAUCUGCUUCAUUGUUUUGCAUGGGAGUUGCCCGGUGGGAUGAAGCCUAGUGAGCUUGACAUGAAUGAUGUGUUUGGACUGACUGCACCAAAAGCGGUUCAGCUUGUUGCUGUGCCAACUUACAGGUUGAAUUGCCCCCUUUGAAUUAAUAGUUUCAAGUAGACGAGGAGACGAUGAUGAUGAAAUAUUACUUGGUUUUAAAUCAGUGAUCGAUGAGUAAAUUUCUCUAUGUAAAGGUACUUUAACUAAUAAGGGUUGGUUAUGUUCUUGGUCUCUCUUUACCAAUUGGAUAAUACUAUUGCUUUACCCAUGGGGGACGAGCUCAUUAUUCCUCUA